AUGAAUAUAACCAAAUGUUUCUAUUUAGGAUGGUCUAUUACCCGUAAUAUGAAUGUUGCACGAGGAGACCAUACAGCAUCUGUAUUAUUAAAUGGAAAAGUUUUAGUUGCUGGUGGGGCUUAUGAUAGUGGUAGUUCUUUAAAUAGUGCUGAGCUGUAUGAUCCAUUAACAGCUACCUGGACAACUACUGGUAACAUGAGUAAUGCACGAUUCUCUCACACAGCAUCCGUAUUAUUGAAUGGAAAAGUAUUAGUUACUGGUGGUACACCCAAUGCUAAUGAUGCUUUAAAUAGUGCUGAGCUGUAUGAUCCAUUAACAGGCAUUUGGACAACUACUGGUAACAUGAAUAGUGCACGAUUCUUUCACACAGCAUCUAUAUUAUCCAAUGGAAAAGUACUAGUUACUAGUAGAUUCAAUAGGGGUAGUGCUUUGAAAAGUGCUGAAUUGUAUGAUCCAUCAACAGGUACUUGGACAGCUACUAGUAGCAUGACUAGUCCACGAGGUUUUCACAUGGCAUCUGUAUUAUUAAAUGGAAAAGCAUUAAUUACUGGUGGAAAUGGUAUUGAUGCUGCUUCAAAUAAUGCUGAGCUGUAUGAUCUAUCAACAGGCACUUGGACAACUACUGGUAACAUGAGUAAUGCACGAUUCUUUCACACAGCAUCCGCAUUAUCAAAUGGAAAAGUAUUAGUUACUGGUGGAAAUAGUAUUGAUGGUGCUUCAAAUAAUGCUGAGCUGUAUGAUCCAUCAACAGAUAUUUGGGCAACUAUUGGUAGCAUGACUAAGGCACGAUUCUUUCACACAGCAUCUGUAUUAUCAAAUGGAAAAGUUUUAGUUACUGGUGGGUUGAAUAGUAAUAGUAUUUUUGAUACUUUAAAUAAUGCUGAAUUGUAUGAUCCAUCAACAAAUACUUGGAAAACUACCGGUAGCAUGAAUAAUGCACGACAAGAUCACACAGCAUCUGUAUUAUCAAAUGGAAAAGUAUUAGUUACUGGUGGAUUCAAUGUUAGAAUUGCUUUAAAUAGUGCAGAAUUAUAUUAA